AUGACACAUGAAAAAUCAAACACGAAUCUCCCUCCUGGCGUAAAUCGACAAACAGGACUUGUCCUUUUACAGUUAAAAGAAGAGGAGGAUAACCAAAGGAAAGAACUGUCGAAAUAUCAAAAGCUAUUAAAGAACGAAAAUGGUGCAGUUGCUGAGCUAGAAGCUACGAUUGAUGAAGUACGAGAAAAGACUGAUCAUUUACGACACCAAAAUCAGCAAAAUGACGAGUUUUUAAGAGACUUUCAUGAUGAAAGUGGUAGCUCAGUCCAUCGGAAGUCCGAGCUUCGUGAUAAAAUCAAAGUAUUAGAAGAUUCAGUUCUCAAUUACCAUGCUUCCUUAAAGCGAGAUCAAGCACAGUUGAAAGUGAUACUACAGGAAAGGGAUUUGGCAAAGUCAAUUGCUCAAAAACUACAAACUUCCCUCAACCUUUUACAUUCCCAAAGUAAUCCGCAAUUGAUUCAGGAUCUUUUAAUUGAGACAAAGAACUGUAAAUCAUCGGUUGUUGACCAAACUGAGCACAGUGGAAACCUACUUCGUCAUUACAGCGAUAUCUCAGAUCGCAUGGAAAAGAUGUACACAUUGCUAGUAGACACCAGCCGUGCUCACCGCGUUGCCCUCACCGAUGCUACAAAAUCAUACACUUAUUUGUUUGACUCCAACCUCACUAAUACUAGACAUCAAGCAGAAGACAUUUCUAAUUCCAUCGAAAAAUAUCAAUCAAAAAAAUUACCUACACUACAAAGCCAAUUCAUCGACUAUAAGUCCUUGAAAGACUUUGCUGGUUAG